GAGGAGAAUGAAUCUGCAUAUAGUACUGAUUUGGGUUCUGACAUGCCUGAUGUUUUAGAUUGGAUUGAUGUUGAAUCUUUUGUGACCAUUCUAAAACAUUUUUAUGAAAUGACACUAAGAAUUUCAGGCUCACUAUAUGUUACUUCCAAUACCUUUUUUUCUGAAAUUUCUGACUUGUUCCUUGUCCUCAAAGAUAUGGUUGCCUCUCCAACUGCUUCUGUCAGUGCCAUGGGGAGUACUAUGAAAUCCAAACUAGACAAGUACUGGGGUGAUCCUGAAAAGAUGAACUAUCUAAUCUUCUAUGCUAAUGUAUUAGAUCCUAGGGACAAGUUUGAGUAUAUGCCAUUUCAGCUAAAUGCUUUAUAUGGUGAUAAAAAAGGUGCUGCUUUUUUUCUAAAAGUGAAGUCAGGUCUAACUGAGUUAUUUGUUGAUUAUGUUUCAAGUUACCCUGACUGUGUUGGUGGAAGUUCUAAUACAACUUUUACUUCUGGAGCAUCUAUGGAGUGUGGUAAUUCUGAAAAUAGGCUUGUGUCCAGGUUUAAGGCUGAUCUUAAAAAGAAGAAGCUUGAGAGUGGUCAGGUAGGAGUUAAAAAAUCUGAACUUGAUAUAUAUUUAGCUGAGUCCAUAAUUGAGGAAGAUGGGGACUUUGAUAUUCUAAGAUGGUGGAAGUUAAAUAGUGAAAGGUUUCCUAUACUUUCCAAGAUGGCUAGGGAUGUACUUGGUGUUCCCAUUUCCACAGUUGCUUCUGAGUCCACUUUCAGUACAAGUAGUAGAGUUUUGGACUGUUUUAGAAGUUCAUUAAGUUGUAAAAUUGUGGAAGCCCUUAUUUGUGCACAAGAUUGGUUGAGAUUGGCUCACCGGCCUAUCUCAAUUGAAGAAAACAUUGAUGAAGUAGAGAGACUGGAAAAAGAAAUAAUGGAUGGAAAUGUUGGUGGUGGAACUGCUGCUCCUACUGGAUCCUCUAUUGUGCCAUUAAGUGUACAUUUUCUAUAUUUUUAUAGGGUUUAGGGUUGGCAUUGCUCUUUCAGUUCAUAACAAGCAUUCUGACUUCUGAGCUAUAUGACAUGUUUGGUUUUUGCCAUUAUUUGGUUGUUUGGCUAUGAUGAAGCUUCCACUCAUUACUGCAUUUAGGGUUGGUGUUGCUCUUUCAGUUCAUAAAAUGGUAAGUUGUAACUGAAAUUGUAGCAGAUGCCCCCUAUUUCCCCUUAUGAAUGAUAAAAAGCAUUCUGAGCUCUGAACAUUAGUACAUCAGUAACUGAUUAUGUGCAUUCUGAGUUGUAUGUGUAUGUGCAUUCUAACUUCUGAGCUCUCUGAUUAUGUAUAAUGUAUUAUGAGUAUGUAUAAUGUGUAUAGGUUUGAAUGUUUGAAUGUGUAUGCACAUGAGUACAUGACUCUCUGAUUUGGCAUUAUGUGGUUGUUUUUCCAUGUGCAUUCUGACUUCUGAGCUCUCUGAUUAUGUAUAAUGUAUUAUGAGUAUGAUUAUGUCAUUCUGGAAAGCAUUCUGGCAACUGUGAACUGUCCCUGGACUCUUGUCCCUUGCUCUGACUUGUUCAGGUUUUGUGUAAGUAACUCAUAAUCCC